AUGGACUCCGAAGACGAUACAAAGGAUGAUGUGGAUUCUGGUAAUGAGUCUAGCGGAGACGAUGUCGACUUUGUCAUGGACGAGACACAUAGUACAAGGGAAAGACAAACGGAGCUAGAAGAGUAUCCUUAUGAAGUCUUAUCUACGGAGGAAAUUGUUCAGCAUAUGGUGGAUUGUAUCAAAGAAGUGAAUACAGUAGUUGAGAUACCAGCCACAACAACCAGGAUACUAUUAAAUCAUUUUAAAUGGGACAAAGAGAAGUUGAUGGAACGAUUUUAUGAUGGGGACCAGGAUCAAUUAUUCUCUGAAGCAAGAGUUAUUAAUCCAUUUAGGAAGCCAGUUAUACAGAGGCCCAAGUUACCCAGACGGAUAUCAAUGUCAGGGACUGAGGAAUGUGAAAUAUGCUUCUCAAUCUUACCAACUUCGAUGAUGACAGGCUUGGAAUGCGGACACAGAUUUUGUACACAAUGUUGGUGCGAGUAUUUAACAACCAAAAUUAUGGAAGAAGGAUUAGGUCAAACGAUUGCGUGUGCGGCUCACGCGUGCGACAUUUUGGUGGACGACGCGACGGUGAUGCGGCUGGUCCGGGAUCCGCGCGUCAAGCUCAAGUACCAGCACAUCAUCACCAACAGCUUCGUGGAGUGCAACCGGCUGCUGCGCUGGUGCCCCUCGCCCGACUGCAGCAACGCGAUCAAGGUCGCCUACGUGGAGCCCGCGCCGGUGACGUGCCGCUGCGGGCACACGUUCUGCUUCGCGUGCGGCGAGAACUGGCACGACCCCGUGCGCUGCUGCCUGCUCAAGAAGUGGAUAAAGAAGUGCGACGACGACUCCGAGACGUCGAACUGGAUCGCGGCGAACACCAAGGAGUGCCCCAAGUGCAACGUGACGAUAGAGAAGGACGGCGGCUGCAACCACAUGGUGUGCAAGAACCAGAACUGCAAGGCCGACUUCUGUUGGGUGUGCCUCGGGCCCUGGGAGCCUCACGGCAGCAGCUGGUACAGCUGCAACAGAUACGACGAGGACGAGGCUAAGGCGGCGCGCGACGCGCAGGAGAGGUCCCGCUCGGCGCUGCAGCGGUACCUCUUCUACUGCAACCGCUACAUGAACCACAUGCAGUCGCUGCGCUUCGAGUCCAAGCUGUACGCCUCCGUCAAGGAGAAGAUGGAGGAGAUGCAGCAGCACAACAUGAGCUGGAUCGAGGUUCAGUUCCUGAAGAAAGCCGUGGACAUACUCUGCCAGUGCCGGCAAACCCUCAUGUACACGUACGUGUUCGCGUAUUACCUCCGCAAGAACAACCAGUCGGUGAUCUUCGAGGACAACCAGCGCGACCUGGAGUCAGCCACCGAGACGCUCUCAGAGUACCUCGAGAGGGACAUCACCAGCGAAAAUCUGGCCUACAUCAAACAGAAAGUCCAGGACAAAUAUAGAUAUUGCGAUAGUCGGCGAAAGGUUCUCCUUGAGCACGUCCAAGAAGGCUACGAAAAGGACUGCUGGGACUACACAGAGGAUGCUUUGGCUCCUUCCCCAACAAGAUCCGGCAAAGCU